AGACGCGGCGGACGGGGGGGCGCAUCAGCUGAUCGCGAUCGCCGACAGACUCGAUCAACAGCGGACGUUUCGACCGCACAUAAGAAUUUAAUGUUAAUCUCCAAAUUUAUAAAGUACAUAUUAAUUAUUAUAAAGCGAGUUGUAUUAUUGGAGUUUUAUUAACAUUAGUGGCGACCGUGACAGGACUCGAACCUGCAAUCUUCGGAUAAACAUCGAAAAAAAACGGAUAACGGUUACGGGAAUUUGAAUUUACGGAACAAAGAGAUUGGAUUGGAUUGCUGCUUAUGCUGCCUUCUGCCCUGGUGAAGUGAAGACUUUGCUGAGGACUGCUGGACGUCUGGCGGGAUACCCAAGGGAAGUUGGCCUUUUAAUCCUAUCCACUAUUUCUCAUUUUUUUCCUUUUUAAUUUGCGUACGGCUUGCCGCUCCGAAAGCGUUACAAGAUAAUAACAAGUGCACUAUUACUAUUUCUUUGUAAUUUACGCUUCGGCUAUUGCGAAAGCUUGCCUAUAAGUACCUAUCGCAUUCCUAUUUUUUCUUUAAAAAUUAAAUAAAGUUAUAAACCCCAUUAGAUGAUGGUUUUAGCUUAAAGUUAAAUUACUAGUUAUCUGCGCUAUUUACUUCCUAGCUAAAUAUUUUAAAGCUAAACGUAGCUAUUUAUUCAAUUUUGCCCAGUAAUUUUUUUUAUAGUUCUGCCUACCCUCUAACAAAGCUUACCAACUUCUAACACCUAAAAUUAACGUUACAUAUUUCCAGAUAUUCUCUGGCGUAGUGCUAGGCUUGUGGUUGGCGAACCCAUCAAGCAAUCGAGUGGUAACUACGGUAAGGCGGCUGGAUCACACCGCAACGGAACCGUUAAAACUGGUUUGACCAUUUCAUUGUCUUGCCUAGUUCAUUGUUCAAUUUAUUUAUUUCUUUAAUUGGCCAUGGAAGGAAAAGAGACUUUAAAGGAGCUUGUCAAAAAGCGUAGCAUAGUCAAAGGUAGGCUGACAAAAUUUAAAGAUUAUUUGAAUGUUUUAACCCAAGUAGGUGCGAAAAAGAUAACUAGCAUUCAAGUCAAAGAGAUAUCUUUGCGGGUUGAUAAAUUUCAAGAAUUACUGUCGGAUUUUAACGCCAUACAAUCAGAUAUUGAAUUACUGUCUUCAAAUGAGGAUGAACAGUUAAAUGAGCGGGAUUUUAUUGAAUCACAAUUCUUUUCUCUUCUUUCCACGGCUAAAGAAUUGAUUGAAUGUGCGAAUUUAGAGAAGAGGUCAUUGCAUGACGAAAGUAUGUCCAAUCAAUAUUCACAUCCCAUGAAUUCUAUAAAGUUACCAACUAUAAAUUUGCCGAGAUUUGACGGGAACUAUUUGAAAUGGUUAGAGUUCAGGGACACUUUUGAUUCCCUCGUUAAUAAAAACGACUCGAUUCCAUUAAUUAAUAAAUAUCACUAUCUCAGAUCAAGCUUAGAAAGUAGUGCCGCUGUCGUUAUUAGAUCAAUUGAGUUUACCGCUGACAAUUAUGAAAAGGCAUGGCAAAUUUUAUGUAAUCGUUAUAAUAGUAAAAAUAUAUUAAUAAAUAAUCACAUUAAGUCAUUACUUAACAUUGAACCAAUUGUGAAGGAAUCAUUUAAAGCAUUGCGAUAUUUAAUUGAUCAUUUAUCGAAAAACUUGAGUUCUUUGCACACUCUAGGGCUUCCUACUGAUCAGUGGGAUGUCUUGUUGAUAUUCAUAGUUUCAGCAAAGUUGGACUCCACCACUAGUAUAAAAUGGGAAGAAUAUAAAAAUAGUCUAUCGGAUUUACCAUCUUUGGAUCAGUUUUACUCGUUCUUACGUAACCGAGCAGAUAUCUUGGAAACAACGCAUUAUAAUAGAUUCGAUAAACAGGAACAUAAUAAUUUUAUGCACUCUCAAAAUAAAAGACAGGUGAAAUCUUUUUUGGCUGCUUCGGAUGCAAAUACGGGAAAAUAUCAAUGCGUAGUUUGUAGCCAGAACCAUUUUGUUUAUGAAUGUCCGAAGUUCAAACAAAUGAACUAUGAUGAUAGAAUGUGCGAAGUAAAACGGUUAAAAUUAUGCACUAAGUGCCUACGUAGUGGGCAUAAUAGUUAUCAGUGCCGUUUAAAAGGUUCUUGCAAGAUAUGUAAAGGUAGACACAAUACUUUGGUUCAUAAAGAUAGCAUGAAUACGUAUUCAGAACAAAGUGCAAAUAGUCAACAAAAUGAACCAGUUACGUUAUCAGCUACGACGAUGACUCAUACUUUGUUGUGUACGGCGCAGGUAGUAAUAGUUAAUGAGUUGAAAAAUAAAAAGGUUAAGGCACGAGCAUUAUUGGACACUGGUAGUCAAUCGUCAUUUCUGACCGAAGCUAUGAGAGAGAAGUUAGGGUUCAAUGAGAAUUCCAGUGAAACCUUAAAGGUUUGUGGUCUUAAUAAUAUUAAAACUAACAUUUUAGGAAAGUGUGUCGUUCAGAUUAAAUCUUGUUUAUCGACAUUUAGUACUCCAGUCUCUUGUUUACUAGUGCCAACGAUAACAGGUAUUUUACCCAGUGUCGAAAUAGACGUUUGCGAAUUAGAUAUUCCAUGUGGUAUACAACUAGCAGAUCCAAGGUUCUUCCAGCCUUCCAAUAUAGAUAUGCUGUUAGGAGCUGACAUAUUUUGGAACAUUAUUGGGACAAAUCAAAUUAAGUUAGGGUCUAAUAAACCUACUUUGCAAGAAUCACAAUUAGGGUGGUUAAUAGCCGGCCCACUCAGUAUCAGUCAAUCCAACUCGGAGGUCUAUUGUUAUUUCAAUCAGUUUUCAAAUAUAGAUAAUUCCCUGAAGAAGUUUUGGGAGAUUGAGGAACUACCUUCAGAGACAAAAACAUACUCAUUAGAGGAACAGUUUUGUGAAAUUGACUUUAUAGAAAACACGACCCGCUUAUCCGACGGUCGGUUUUGUGUCCGUAUGCCCUUAAAAGAACCCGAAACUAGUCUUGGUGAUUCAUAUUAUAUGGCUAGAAAACGUUUCUUAAAUUUAGAAUUAAAAUUAAAUAAAAAUCCGAAACUUAAGGAGUCAUACACUAAAUUUAUUGAUGAAUAUAAGGAAUUAGGUCACCUAAGUGAAGUAGAUCGCCCAAGGUUUGGCAAUUACCUUCCGCAUCACUGUGUGCUUCGCGAGAACAGUGAAACGACGAAAUUGAGAGUAGUGUUUGAUGCCUCAGCCAAAACAUCAUCUGGGAAGUCAUUAAAUGACAUACAGGCUGUAGGUCCAGUAGUGCAGUCUGAUUUAUUCUCAAUUUUGUUACGUUUUCGCGGUCACCGAUUUGUUCUCUUAGGGGAUAUUGAGAAAAUGUACCGACAAACGGCCUUGCAUGAAUCUCAACGUCACCUUCAGUUAAUUUUGUGGAGGGAUUCAUCUCUUAGUACGGAACCAAACAAGAACGAUAAUUUAAAGAUUCUACAAUUAAAUACAGUUACGUAUGGGUUGGCCAGCGCUCCGUUUUUGAGCACCAGAUGUUUAUUACAAUUAGCUAAGGAGUGUACUGACGACACUAUCGCGAACAUAAUAAAAAAUGAUUUUUAUAUUGACGACCUGAAUACAGGUGCGAAUAGUGAAAAUGAAUUACAGCACAUUUAUGUAAAUGUUAAGAGAAUUUUGGAUUCAGCAUGUUUUCCCUUAAAAAAAAUUCGUACUAACUGUUUGCAGGCGCUCGAUUGUGAUGAUACUGUAUUCGACCCGGUAGAUUUGACUAAAGAAUCCAGCGUGCUAGGUUUGAAUUAUUCUCCAAAACUAGACAUUAUUCAAUUUCCUUCGAAAGUGGAAUCGUCACCGCAAAUUGUUACAAAGAAAAUCGUAAUAGCUACUAUUUGUAAAAUAUUUGAUCCGUUGGGAUUAAUUUGUGCAUGCAUUAUUAAAACUAAAAUAUUUUUACAGCAAUUGUGGGUCAUUAAAUUAAAUUGGGAUGACCCCAUACCACAAAAUCUAUUAGAUACGUGGUUAAAAUUUAUUUCUAAUUUGCACUACAUUUCUAAUAUUAAAAUUAGCAGAAAUGUUCUUUGCAAUACCCCCAUGUCAAUAGAAUUGCAUUGUUUCGUCGAUGCGUCACAGAAAGCAUAUGCCGCAUGUGUAUACUUACGGUCAAUAAAUGACGAAAACGAGAUUACUGUUAGACUUUUAUGCGCAAAGGCACGAGUUGCACCCUUAAAACCUAUUACUAUACCAAAAUUGGAAUUACUCGGUACUUUGCUGGGAGCUAGAUUAUGUGAUAAAGUUAUACAGUCAUUACGAUUUAACAUAACUUACAAAACUAUUUGGACAGAUUCGACAGUUGUCUUAGGAUGGUUAAGAACUGAUGUAAGAAAUCUAAAAAUGUUUGUUUGCAAUAGGGUUAAUGAAAUCAACGAGUUAACAAGUACUUUUGAACACAGACAUGUACCUACGAAUAUGAACCCAGCUGACUUGGCCUCAAGGGGGGUCGAACCCCAUGACCUUUUGUCUUCCUCUUUGUGGUGGGAAGGUCCUUCUUUCCUGAAGAAGGAACGUUUAGAAUGGCCACAGAAUUCUUUCGUAGUUCAAAACUUACCUGAGUUAAAGGUACAUUCGUUGAUAGCUGCAGUAGACAAUUCUGAUGACGGUAGUUUAUUUAUAGAUUUCAAAAGGUGGAGUACCUUUUAGUUUGAAUAAAUUAAGUAGAACAUUUGCGUAUGUGUUACGUUUUGUUAACAAUUGCAAUAAAAACAAACAUAAAUAUUCAGGUCCUAUAAACUCAGAUGAAAUAAAUGAAUCAGUGAUGCUACUUAUAAAAAAAUGUCAAUUGCAAUCGUUUUCAUUUGAAAUUGGGUUACUCAAGCAAGGAAAACAACUGCCACAAAAGAACAAAUUGCUGCAGUUGACUCCUUUUGUAGAUUCAAACGAUAUAGUUCGUGUGGGUGGUCGUUUAGGAAACUCAAAUUAUAAUUUCGAUAAGAAGCACCCUAUAAUAUUAGAUUCAAAACAUCAUUUUACCAAGUUAUUAAUGAUUAAUGAACAUAUACGGUUGUUCCACGCAGGUCAACAGCUGCUGUUAGCGUCAGUGCGUGAUAAGUACUGGCCUAUUGGCGGAAGAUGUUUAGCACGGCAAGUAGUUAGACAAUGUAUUGUUUGCGUUCGCCUACGAGCGAAUACGAUGCAGCCAAUAAUGGGUCAUUUACCUGAAGCGCGUACAAAUGCUUAUUUUCCUUUUUACUCGUGUGGAGUUGACUUUGCUGGACCUUUCAUGAUUAGUAACCGAAAAGGUCGUGGUAACCGUAUUACUAAAUGCUAUUUAUGUUUAUUUGUUUGCCUCAGUACAAAGGCAAUACAUUUAGAACUGGUGAGUGAACUGAGUACUCAAGCUUUUAUUUUAUGCCUAAGGCGUUUUAUAUCACGUAGAGGUAAAUGUCAUGAGAUUUUUUGCGACAACGGCAGGAAUUUUGUGGGUGCAAACAAUGAACUAGGUAGGUUGCUUAGAUCCAGCCGUCAGACUGUUAGUGACUAUGCUACUUCUGAAGGAAUCAGAUUUGUAUUUAGCCCCGCAUAUUCCCCCCACUUCGGUGGUAUAUUUGAAGCUGGAAUUAAAUCAGCAAAAUUUCAUUUAAAACGUGUAGCUGGAAAUGCUGCUUUGACGUUUGAGGAGCUAGCAACGCUGUUUACGCAAAUUGAAGCUAUCCUUAAUUCACGUCCGCUGACUCCUCUCUCGUCCAAUUGUACUGAUCCUUCUCCUCUGACCCCAGGCCACUUCUUAAUUGGGAGACCACUUACGUCUAUUCCGACGAAGCCCAUCACUGCUACUAGACCAAACAGAUACGAGCUUAUUGAGAAAAUAAGGCAGCACUUCUGGGAGCGAUGGCGCCGGGAGUACAUCUCCGAGUUGCAGCAGCGCACCAAAUGGCGCACGGGGCAACAAGGCCUCGCCUGUGGGGACGUUGUGCUUCUGAAGGAAGAAAACUUACCGCCAUUACAAUGGCGGAUGGGGCGUGUGUGUCGCCUCUACCCAGGGGCCGAUGGCGUCAGUAGGGUGGCUGACAUCACCACUUCGAGGGGCACUAUGCGAAGGGCCAUCAAUAAGCUAUGUCUUCUGCCCACUUCAGAAUCUAAAGAUGAUCACGAAGCAGAGAGAGCCGUCUCUUCGAUCUCGUCUACUUUUUGAAAGCCAAGGCUUUCAACGCGCCGGAGGAUGUCCACGCAUCGAACGCGUGGACAACAGCGGCGGGAGACGCGGCGGACGGCGGACUAGAACUUAUCACGGGACCAGUUAACGUGGCGUGAUCGUUAGAGAAAAUCGCCGGAUCCCCACCCGUCCGGCACGUGGGAUAUGUGGGAGUUGAACCUCACCAAAAGUUCCUGCCGCUCACAGCCGGCGUCCUGUCCUGGACCGGGCUGGAGCCCAGUAGGGGCCUGUGAGACGGGGGACAGGGUUGACGCAGAGCAUAUUACACCCAUCCCGCAUGAUAGAAAUGGAUGACAGGGUACUUUUGCUACCCGCGCUACUUACAAAAUAGCUUAGGUAUUCCAUUCAUUAUCAUAUUAUUACGCACUGAUACAACUUUUAACCCAAAGCACCGGUCAUCGUUCUGGUCGAACCCGUCGCUUGCGACGAAGGGCUCGGCCAGUAAAUUAGCCCAUAGACACACCCACUGAGUUUCUCGCCGUAUCUUCUCAGUGGGUCGCGUUUCCGAUCCGGUGGUAGAUUCUGCGAAGCACGGCUCUUGCUAGGGUUCGUGUUAGCAACGUCAUCAGGUUUGAGCCCCGUGAGCUCACCUACUACUUCGGUGAAUCUAAAAUAGCCUAGGUUACUAAAAUAUGUAGGAAAAUAAUAAUAGAACAACAACAAAACCGGACGUCUCGCCAAACAGGCUACGACGAAAUCACGAGCCGUAUAUACAUACUUUUAACUAGAUAAAUUUGCACACUUUGAACAUCAAUAAAAAUGCUAUAAUCUUGUUAUCACGACACGUGUCCGGACUUGAUAAGAGGUUCAGAUGUUUCGUAAUAUACCUAUUAAUGAUAUAGUCAUUUGAAUAAAUAAAUAAAAUGCGUCGUAAAUCGGUAGAUGAGCAUUACGCAGAUGGUCAUAGAUGCACACGGCUACAGCGUAAAUUGAGGCCUGAGCUCAGUCUUCAUUUUUUUGCAUAGAAUGGUGGACGAGCUCAUGGCGCAUUUGGUGUUAAGUGGUUACCGGAGCCCAUAGACAUCAAUAACGUAAACGCUGCCACUCACCUUGAGUCAUGAGUUAUGAGUCUCAGUUUUUACAGUACAACGGCUGCCCCGCCCUUCAAACCGAAACGCAUUACUGCUUCACGGCAGAAAUAGGCAGUGUGGUGAUACCUACCCAUGCGGACUCACAGCACGCCCAAACACCAGAAAUUACGCAAAUUAUAUAUUUGCGGGUUUCAUUUACAUUACACGAUGUUAUUCUUUGGUCGUGGAAAUCGUUCGUGAAGAUAUGUUAAGUACGUAUUUCAAUAUAACAAUUAGUAGCUGCCGGCGGGAUUCGAACACGGGCACGGUCGCAUCGCUCGAUACGAUUGCACCGGGAGUAUUAUCCUUUAGGCCACGACGACUUCAUAUUUGUGCAACAGAUAUCUUAACUUUCAAACUGUCCUAUGAUACGGUCCUCGUCGACGAGAAACUGGAGGCCUCAGGCUACCAGCGAAUAAGUAAUAAUAAUAAUAAUUUAUUUAUUUCUCUCUUAAAGGUAUACUAGAGGAUGGUACUAUUUUUUUUUGAUAACGCCAUCUUGUUGUGUCUUUAAAGCAGUUAGUUGCUCUCAAUUACGAAAAAUAGUAUUAUUAUUCGCCAAUAGAUGUCGGGAAGAGUCAUAAAGUUGAUUAUAAUCGACAAAGUUGAUUAUUGAAAACACGAAUAAAACGACAUUUUCUGAAAAUAAAUCGUAGCUAGAUCGAUUUAUCGCCCCCGAAAUUCUCUGUAUACAUUUUAUGAAAAUCGUUGGAGCCGUUUCCGAGAUUCAAUAUAUACCUAUACAAGAAUUGCUCGUUUAAAGGUAUAAGAUAAGAUAAGAGUACAAAUAUAAAUAGAAAUUACCUUAUAAUAUAUUUUGUAAACCUUCGAAAGAGCUGUAGUCUGUGCUAGGUUCAAAGACCUGUAUUACUGAUCUCCAGGCUCCGUCCUUCUUAAGACAGAUUAGGUUGGGUUAAGUCGUGAUCACUAAUAGUAAUCACGUACGCCGAGAAGUAGGUAUUUCGAAGGCAAAAUAAAAUAUUUGGGUACAGGGGUUACUUAGGACGUUUUUGCGGCUUUUUUGGUACGAUUAUCCAUUCACGGUGUUCCUUGACGUAUCUUCCCUCAAACGGAGCUAGAAAACAAUUCUUAGCGGCGAGCAUCGUCAUAACUGAUUGAAGUCCUCGAUAAACGGCUUUUGUUAAGAUUAGGAGCCACAGUAAUAAAUAACUAGAUUAAAGUAAUUAAAAUUAGGAUGUUUGAAAUAAAUAAAAAAAACAUUUUAUCGACAUACUUUCAUAAUGUAAGCCAACGCAUUGUUCCGAAACUAUUUAGUUUCACGUAUUUAUAGAAAACUAUUAAAGCUGUGUGUGUGUGUACGUAGCACGCGUUCUCUCCGUGUGGCUUCUUCUUUUGCUCAACAAGCCCGUACGGAAAUUGAUAUACGCAAAUAUAUAUGGGCGCAAACGCCACUAUUGGCAAUAAUUAACAUAAAAAAAGAUGUGUGGUGUCGUGGGACACCGGAUAGGAACGAAGUCCCAUAUAAAAAAUAAAGUAUUACGAGAAAAAAAUCGCGCGGUGAAAUAUCGCUGUGCGGAAAACAAGGCCUUAUUCCACGGACUUUUUCUUACGGUUUUACUAUCACUUUUUUUUUCAAUUCGGUCGCGCAGCAAAAUCCCUAUCUCCUCCAAGCCUGCCGUAAGGAGCUUCGUUCCAAUAAUAUAUAGUUUAGUUUAUUCUAUGUUAAUAUUUAUUUAUUAUUAGCAAGAUAAGACUGUUAUUCUACCAUCUAUACUAAUAUUAUAAAGAGGAAAGAUUUGUUUGUUUGUUUGUUUCGAAUAGGCUCCGAAACUACUGGACCGAUUUGAAAAAUUCUUUUUCCAUUAGAAGCCGACAUUGUCCCUGAUGAACAUAGGCUACUUUUUUUAAUUUUUUUUUAUUUUAUUUUUUUAAUUUCAUGUGUGUUUUAAUGUUUCCGAAGCGAAGCGAGGGCGGGUCGCUAGUAUUUAAUAAUUAGCAGACACUGUUUUGAUGUGAAAAUGUUCAGAAUAUGAUUAUUGUUAAUAUUAUUGUUUAAAAACACAAAUGACUGUAUAAAUAAUUAAAUACUAAUAAAGCAUAAAUAUUAAUAAUAAUUGAUAUUAUAAAUAACAGUAAUUAAUUAAUGAACUAUUGUAAUUGUUCUGCAAAUGAUGUUGGCGCCAUCUAUUAUUAGGCUAAAUAAUAACAAUGUUAGUUUAUAUUAGUUAAAAGUAAUUUAUGUAAAAUAAAUUAAUUGUGUCAUUGUCUUUUACAAUCAAAAUAAAAUUGUAUUGUAUUUUGAUUGUAAAAGACCUUAUGUGUGUAAACCCUGGCUUAACGCCGACAUAUACUUCUAGCGCGAAAUUGUGUACACAAACCAAAAAAUCUUGGUCUUGGAUUGAGCAUCCUGUAUGUUUUAAGGCUCUCGAAGUCAACUAAUAGAUACAACUCACCUGACACCAGGUCGGUGAUAUUUUGCUGUCGAUCAGACGCAUAUCCGUCAUGCUCAUUGGAUAUAUUUGACCCGAGUAGACGCGAUAUCUGAAAGAAAAGUAAUAAAUCAAAAUCAAAUAAAA